AUGCAAGCCAGUCAGAUAUCGCUGUUUCUUUGUCUGCUAUCAUGCUCUGCGUCCCUCGGGACUCGAUACACGCCCGACUGGACCAGUUUGGACUCCAGACCUAUUCCUGAAUGGUACGACGAGGUGAAGUUCGGGAUCUUCGUUCACUGGGGGGUGUUUUCGGUGCCCGCGUUCGGCAGCGAGUGGUUCUGGUGGUACUGGAAGGGCUCGCAAAACCCCAGCUAUGUCCAGUUCAUGACCAAAAACUACCCUCCUGGAUUCAGCUAUGCAGACUUCGCACCUUAUUUCCACGCGCAGUUUUUCGAUCCUGACGAGUGGGCUGAUAUCUUCGAAGCUUCAGGAGCAAAAUACGUGGUCCUCACAAACAAACACCACGAGGGGUUCACAAACUGGGGGUCCCCGUACUCCUGGAAUUGGAAUUCUGUUGAUAAUGGACCUCACAGGGAUCUGGUUGGAGAUCUGGGCGCUGCGAUAAGAAGGAGGUCUCUGCAUUAUGGACUCUACAACUCGCUGUAUGAAUGGUUCAAUCCCAUCUACCUGAGCGACAAGCAGUCUGGUUUCAAGACCCAGGAUUAUGUUGAAAAAAAAGCCAUGCCAGAGCUCCACGAAUUGGUCAACAGGUACAAGCCAGACUUGAUUUGGUCAGAUGGGGACUGGGAAGCACCUGACACUUAUUGGAACUCGACAGGAUUCCUGGCCUGGCUCUACAACGACAGUCCGGUCAAAGAUGUGGUGGUGACCAAUGACAGAUGGGGGGCGGGCUGUUACUGUAAACACGGAGGCUAUUACAACUGUGCUGACAAGUUCACUCCUGGACAGCUGCCCAAUCACAAGUGGGAGAAAUGCCAGUCAGUGGACACAAUAUCAUGGGGGUAUCGCCGAAAUAUGAAGCUUAGCGAACUGAUGGAUCUACCGUCCAUUAUAAAGGACAUGGUCUAUGUGGUGGCAUUAGGAGGGAAUUAUCUGUUGAAUGUGGGGCCCACAUCAGACGGCAUGAUUGCACCUGUCUUUGAGGAACGUCUCCGAGGGAUUGGAGCCUGGCUGAAGGUCAAUGGUGAAGCUAUCUAUGCAACCAAGCCUUGGAGAGUUCAGGCCGAGAAUGCUACAGUUCCCGUUUGGUAUACGUCAAAAAGCAGCACAGUGUAUGCGAUCUUCACCUCCAAUCCCAUGCAGAACUCCUUUACGCUUUCUGCGCCCAAAACCUCCAACAAUACAGUGGUGACUUUGUUGGGGAGCCCAGAGCCUCUGAAAUGGGCUCCUCUACAUUCAGGACUGAUUGUUCUGCUGCCUGAUCUGCCUUUCACACCCGCUGAUGCCUGGACCCUCAAACUGGAUGAGGUGGCAUGAAGCCUUAAACACUGUUUUGUAGAUUUUAAUAAAUUGUAAUGAUUUUACAAAGUUUUGUAUAAAUGUUUUAAUGUUUCGUAUAAAUCAAGUUUUUUGUAUUUGACUGCACAAUAAAAACAGACCAACUGAAUGAAAUAUCAAAA